AUGUGCUCGGUCGACUUUUGCUGUCUCGAGGAUUUGGAAAUACACUCUUGCAGUGGCCUUGAAGAGUUCCAGCUCUCGAGCUGCUCGAUUAAACGAUUGUGUUUUGGGGUGGACGGCCCCACCAAGGCAGUUCUUGACCUCCCGAAUAUACUUUGUCUCCAGUUGAAUUGCGAAUUUUUCCCGUUAAUCACUUUGUCAACAGAUUCCAGCGAGUGGAGAUCAGAGAUUCACAUGAAGCAUUCUCUUAUUCCCAGUAACAAUAAUGAAGCUGCAUCGAUGUUUGAUAAGUUACAUGAACUGCACAGGGCAUUGGGAGAUUCUCGAAUUUCUAUGCACAUGAGAGAUUUUACUCAGGAUUUAGCAUUCAUUCACGAGGGUCUUGGAGAACUUCCUGUGAUCGAGAGCUUGACUGUAGAGAAAUAUUUUACUUUAUUUCACCUAAAGGCCUUUUUCAAUUAUUUUUUUGGUAAUUUCCGGCCAAGAUAUGUAGAACAGUCUGUGUAUGCCGUUUUAGAGACUCAAGUGUAUGAAGAAGAACCGGACCCCACUGAUGAAUUAAUGGCUCAAGUGUAUGGACCUCCGCUUACAGUUUCGGUGACUAAAAAGUAUGGAGGAGUCAAUGGACUCGUUGAUCUUUUGUGUGAUAUGUUUUUGAUGGAGAAUGAAAGGGAGAAUUACUAUUGGCGGCAGGAUUUAGAGGAAGUAAGCGUGGAGGCCCGUGACGAGGAUGGAAAGAAAUGGCGUCCUUUGCAAGGAGUGAAUAUAUCUGAAUGGGGGUUGCCGAACAAUGUGGAUCAUCAGAUUCGCUUUCGACUAAAAUGGAGAGGGUCAAGUCUUUCUUGA